AUGGAAGUGGAAGGCAAUCAGACAUUAGUUACUGAUUUUGUCUUGGUUGGGUUUACAACAGACCCAUUGCUACGCAUAAUCCUCUUUGUGGUGUUCUUGGCCUCCUACACACUAACACUGACUGGGAACCUGGGCCUCAUGGCACUGAUCUACCUAGACUCCCGUUUGCACACACCCAUGUACUUCUUCGUGGGCAGCCUGUCCUUUCUGGAUGUCUGGUACUCCUCGGUCUAUACUCCUCGGAUCUUGUAUGACUGUGUCUCCAAGAACAACCACAUGUCCCUUGCUGGUUGUGCAGCCCAAUUGUUCUUCUCUGCUGGCUUGGCCUACAGUGAAUGCUUCUUACUGGCCUUCAUGGCCUAUGACCGCUUUGUGGCCAUCUGCAACCCACUCCUUUACACCACUGCCAUGCCCAAGAAGCUCUGUGUCCAGCUGGUGGUAGGUUCCUAUGUAGCUGGCUUUGCCAAUGCCAUUGCACAUAUUAGUAACACUUUCCGCCUACACUUCUGUGGGAACAAUGUCAUCAACCACUACUUUUGUGAUGUGCUACCUCUUCUGAAAAUGUCCUGUGAUGAUAUAGGGGUCUAUGAAGUCAUCCUGACUGCUCUCAUAGGUUGCAAUUGGCUGGUAACCACAGCUAUCAUCCUGAGCUCCUACAUUGGUAUUGUGGGAGCCAUAGUCCGUAUCCGUUCAUCUGCAGGGAGACGCAAAGCCUUCUUCACUUGCUUGGCCCACCUGGUGUCAGUCACCCUCUUCUAUGGCUCCAUUGUCAUAAUGUAUUCCAGACCCAAAUCUCAACAGACUCCCAAUUGGGACAAGGCAAAUGCAUUGUUCUAUACAGUAGUCAACCCUCUGGUCAACCCUUUCAUUUACAGCUUACGCAACAAAGAUGUGAAGGCAGCCUUCAGGAAAAUCUGGGGGAGAUUCAUAGCACCCAAAUGA